UAGACCCAGAAAGACGCUCGGGUUCAGCGUGCUGCGCCUGCGCCGUGAGCCGCUGCCGGGAGCUGUGAGGAGAGCUGGGCGAGCUCGGAAUCCGCCAUGGAUACAUUGACCUAUGAGGAUGUGCAUGUGAACUUCACUCAUGAAGAGUGGGCUUUGCUGGAUCCUUCCCAGAAGAGUCUCUACAAAGAUGUGAUGCUGGAAACCUACUGGAACCUCUCUGCUAUAGGUUACAAAUGGGAAGACUACAAUAUUGAAGAAUAUUAUCAAAGUUCUAGAAGACAUGGAAGGUAUAUCAACUGUCAGUGUGCAUACAACCCAUGUGAGCAUAAGGGAUAUGGAAAGAACCAAUAUACCUCUGUUUCUAAGGGAACAAUUAUAAGAUAUGUAGUAGUCCCCACUGUGAGAAGACAUGAUGACUGUGAUACAAGUUUAUACUCUUACAUUGGAGAAAACCCUUAUGAGUACAAGGAAUAUGGAAAUUCUUCUGUCUGUACUGAUUCACUUUGCACAUGUAGUGUGACUCACAGUAUAAAAAAAUAUUAUGAAUGCAAUCAGUGUUGUAAAACUCUGAGUUCUUCCAGUGCUUUUCAAAGAUUUGAAAAAACUCAUAUGGGAAGAGGAAGUGAUAAACUUGAGUUUUGUACUGAGGACUUUAACCAUCACAGAUAUCUUCAAACAUACAAAACAACCAAUAAUGAAGAGGAUCUCUAUGAAUGUAAUCAACAUGAUAAAGCCUUUAGAUAUGAUUCCUCUAUAAAAGUACAUCAAGGAACUCAUUUGGAAGGAAAACCCUAUGACUAUAAUCAAAGUGAUAAAGUCUCUACAUGUCACAGUCUUCAUCAAAUACAUAGAACUCAUGCUAGAGUGAAAAACUAUGAAUAUCAGCAAUGUGAUAAAGCUUUUGCAAGUCCCAGUUAUCUUCAAAUAUAUAAAAGAAUUUAUACUGGAGAGAAACCCUAUGGAUGCACUCAAUGUGAUAAAGCCUAUGCAUGUUCUAGUUAUCUUCAAAUACAUAAAAGAAUUCAUACUGGAGAGAAACCAUAUGAAUGUAAUCAAUGUGGUAAAGCCUUUAUACAGAAGAGUCAUCUUCACAGGCAUGAAAGAAGUCAUACUGGAGAGAAACCCUAUGAAUGUAAUUACUGUGGUAAAGCCUUUGCACACAAGUAUAAGCUUCUCAUUCAUGAAAGAAUUCAUACUGGAGAGAAACCCUAUGAAUGUAAUCACUGUGGUAAAGCCUUUGCAGAGAAGUGUAAUCUUCUCAGUCAUGAAAGAAGUCAUACUGGAGAGAAACCCUAUGGUUGUAAUCAAUGUGGUAAAGCCUUUGCACAGAAGAGUGAUCUUCGAAGUCAUGAAAGAAUCCAUACUGGAGAGAAACCCUAUGAAUGUAAUCAGUGUAGUAAAGCCUUUGCACAGAAGAGUAAUCUUCGUAGUCAUCAAAGAAUUCAUACUGGAGAGAAACCGUAUCAAUGUAAGCAGUGUGGUAAAGCCUUUGCACAGAAGAGUAAUCUUUUUAGUCAUGAAAGAAAACAUAUUGGGGAGAAACUCUAUCUAUGUAAUCAAAGCGCUAAAGCCUUUGCACUGGAAAAUUUUCUCAGUCAUGAAAGAAUUCAUACAGGAGAGAAAGCCUAUGAAUGUAAUCAAUGUGGUAAAGCCUUUGCAAGGAAGAGUCAUCUUCUCAGUCAUGAAAGAAUUCAUACUGGGGAGAAACCUUAUGAAUGUAAUCAGUGUGGGAAAGCUUUUGCACGUAGCAGUAAUCUUCACAGGCAUGAAAAGUGUCAUACUGGAGAGAAACCCUAUGAAUGUAAUCAAUGUGAUAAAGCAUUUGCACGUAAAACCCAUCUUCAGAGUCAUGAAAGAUGUCAUACUGGAGAGAAACCCUAUGGAUAUAAUCAAUGUGAUAGAGACUUUGCAUGUAACAGUCCCCUUCAAAUAAAGGAAAGUACCUUUAUUGGAGACAGACCAUAUGAAGGUAAUCAAUGUGGUAAAGACUUUUCACAGAACAAUUAUCCUCAUAAUCCUGAAAGAAAUUAUUCUCGACAAAAACCCAAUGAAUGUAGUCAGUGUCGUGAAGUCUUGCCAUGUUGCAUUGUCCUUCAAAAUCAUGAAAAAUUUCACACUGGUGAAAAUCCCCAUGAACCUAAUGAAUGAGUCAAGCCUUGCAGUCCACAUGUUUUUCCCACCGAGCUGUCUCACUGGUGCUUGAGUUAGUAGAGCCUCUCCUUAAUUAAAAUAUUGUCUCUUUCAAGUUGUUAACAUAUUGUAUUCCAAGAAUACAGAAACAUGAUAAUUUCAACAAUAAAAUAUAUUUUCAAAUGAAACUGA